GCGCGGCGCGGCGCGGCGCGGCGCGGCGGCUGAGGGAGAGCCCGUCGGGGGCCCCGCCUCGCCCAGGCCCUGCCCUCGGGACGGGGGACGGACGGGACGACGGACGGACGGGGCGCCGACGCCGACCCCGGGACGGACGGGCUGGACGGGGGGCCGACCCGCCAGCGCCAUCAUCGCCAUCGCCGCCAUGGAGGACGAGAUGCCCAAGACCCUGUAUGUGGGAAACCUGUCCAGAGAUGUGACGGAAGCACUCAUUCUCCAGCUGUUCAGCCAGAUCGGCCCAUGCAAGAACUGCAAGAUGAUUAUGGAUGUAAGGACAGCUGGCAACGACCCGUACUGUUUUGUGGAGUUCUACGAGCAUCGCCACGCAGCCGCGGCCCUGGCCGCCAUGAACGGACGGAAGAUCAUGGGGAAGGAAGUCAAAGUGAACUGGGCCACGACUCCCAGCAAUCAGAAGAAAGAUACAAGCAGUAGUACCGUUGUCAGCACACUGCGUUCACAAGACCAUUUCCACGUGUUUGUCGGCGAUCUCAGUCCAGAAAUUACAACCGAAGACAUAAAAGCUGCCUUCGCCCCGUUUGGAAGAAUAUCGGACGCACGUGUGGUGAAAGAUAUGACAACGGGGAAAUCUAAAGGAUAUGGUUUUGUCUCGUUCUUCAACAAAUGGGAUGCCGAAAACGCCAUUCAGCAGAUGGGCGGCCAGUGGCUCGGCGGACGACAGAUCAGAACUAACUGGGCGACGCGAAAACCCCCGGCUCCCAAGAAUACGUACGAAUCAAACACCAAACAGCUCUCAUACGACGACGUCGUCAAUCAGUCCAGUCCGAGCAACUGCACUGUGUACUGUGGUGGGGUCACUUCGGGGUUAACAGAACAACUGAUGCGGCAGACUUUCACCCCGUUUGGUCAGAUCCUGGAAAUCCGAGUCUUUCCGGAUAAAGGAUACUCAUUCAUACGGUUCAGUUCCCACGAGAGCGCCGCCCACGCCAUCGUCUCGGUCAACGGAACCACCGUCGAGGGCCACGUCGUCAAGUGCUACUGGGGUAAAGAGACCCCGGACAUGUCCAGUCCGGUCCCCCAGCAGAGUCAGAUGGGCUACCCCCAGGCCUACGGGCAGUGGGGCCAGUGGUACGGCAACGCUCAGCAGAUCGGCCAGUACGUGCCCAACGGCUGGCAAGUCCCCGCCUACGGGAUGUACGGACAGGCUUGGAACCAGCAGGGAUUCAAUCAGACGCCGUCUUCAGCGCCGUGGAUGGGUACAAAUUACGGAGUCCAACCACCUCAAGGGCAGAACGGGAGCAUGUUAACCAACCAAACUGGCUAUCGCAUGGCCGGUUAUGAAACCCAGUGAGAGAAAAGGACUCUGCAAUCUUUGAACACCAGUAGCUCGAGGCUGCGGGAGGAGCGUUGGAAAGCCUUUUGUUUACUUCAAAAAAAGAAAAAAGAUUUAUCAAAUCAAGUCAGUGCAAAUGUCAGAUACGAUGUAUUUAUUUAAAAGAAAGUUCAUUUUUUUAAUCAUGAAAUUUUGCGCACCCAAGGGGGGUUUUUUUCCACAAGACGAGAAUCUGGGUGCCUGCCAAUUUUUGCCUUCUGUUCCUCUUUUGAUAUGUAAUGUUUCUCAGAUCCUUGUUCAAAACCCAACAAAUGCAGGGAUGGUUGUGCCCCCUUUUUAAAAAAAAAAUUGGGAGGCAGAAAAUUGCACAAUGUCGAACUCUUUUUUUUUUUUUUUCCACUGAAGUAGCGCGCACUUCUAGUUCGCAUUCCUAAUAGGAUUUAAGGCAUGUAAUAUAAAAGUUGUACAAAAAGCCAAAACUGCCCAGCCCGGGGGUCAUUCGGAGCCUCCAGAUUGUGCGUGAUUCUGUGGUUUUUUUUUUUUGUUUGUUAUUUUUAAAAAGGCAUUGUCUAAGCUGUCCAUCUUCACUCUUGUUCCAUCGGGGUUUUUUUUUCUACUCUAAAUUAUUAGUUUACAUCGUUUUGUAUCUCUCCAUUUUUAAAAAAUUUGUCUUGCCUUACUUAAAUUAUUGUUCAAUGGGGAAAAAACAGAAACGCACUCGACACCGAAGUCGCAAAACUAUCUCAGAUGGAUUUAACAGUUGCAUUCAUUUGGCGUUUUAUAUGAGAAGGUGCCUAGAGAAAUCCCUGUUGGAUUUGUUUUAGAGGAUUUUUAUCUUCUGUGAUGAACUUUGCCGUGUACCAGGAAGUAUAAACACCUGUUACAAAAGAAAAAAGGACUGAAAUGUGAUCAAUUCCUAUGAACCAGCCUGUUUCAUCUGUCUACUUCUACUUCGACAUGUAUUUCGUUAUCAUGUAAAAAAAAAUCUUAGCAAAGUAAUAUUUUGCACAGCGAGCGAACUUUGUAUGUCCUAUCCUUCCUUCAAGGUUUGAUGCAGAGCCGACGGGAGGUUUUUAUACACGAGGUUUUCAGUUGUCUGCACGUGAUGAUCAAAUACACACUUUUGGUAGUCUUUGAAUACAGAAGUCAUCCGCUCUGAUUUUUCAGAAACCGAGGCCACCGAGCGGUGUGUGCGGAGGCGAUCAUCCGCUGUACUCCCGUCUAAGUCGAUUUACUCCAGUCGAGUAAGUGGACUUGAUUUUUGCCGCGUACAGCCGCAUCUGGGAAACGUCUGUGUGUCUGGCGUGGAGUAGCAGAGUGCUCCGAAGUCAGCCUGAAGAACCGAGUCAGGCAAAGCGGGUUUUUAAUUUUAAUUUUAAUUUUUUGUUUUUUUUUAAAUGUUCAAAGGCCAAAAAAAAAAAAGUGUAGCCUACCUCCUUAAGCAGCCUUCGAAUGUCACUGCGGUUUUUUCCUGAUCCAAAGUUUUCGCCACCCUCCCAUCCAGAAUCCCCCCCUUAGCUCACGUCACUGUCCUUGUGGGACGGCUUCUUUCCGGGGCAUUUCAGAGUCCCGCGUGAACUACUCUCGGGUUUUUUGGUUCGGUGUCGUUUUUCUUCUCCUCUUUGAAAUGAAGGUCGACUCGUUCUCUCUC